ACGAGCUGAAGCUCUCGUCGGUUGGCGCCAGACCUCCCGGUCAGUGUCCCCUGGGCUUCCAGUCUCCGCGUUCUGGUUCCGAGUCAGAAUCCCUGAGGACCGGGAAUCCCGGGCAGGGGACAGAAGGGAGUCACCUUGAAAACCUCGGGGAGAGUAACUGAUUGUUUUUCUGCUGCUCACCUUUCAAGAUGAAGGAGGAUCAAGUUGUGCUGGAAGAACCAGGAUUCCAAGAUGAAGAAGAAUCUUUGUUUCAAGACAUUGACCUGUUACAAAAACAUGGAAUCAAUGUGGCUGACAUUAAGAAACUGAAGUCAGUAGGAAUCUGUACCAUCAAAGGGAUACAAAUGACAACAAGAAGAGCACUAUGCAAUGUCAAAGGGCUCUCAGAAGCAAAAGUGGACAAGAUUAAAGAGGCAGCCAACAAACUUAUUGAACCAGGAUUCUUGACUGCCUUUGAGUAUAGUGAGAAGAGAAAGAUGGUUUUCCAUAUCACCACUGGGAGCCAGGAAUUUGAUAAGUUGCUAGGAGGUGGAAUUGAAAGCAUGGCAAUCACAGAAGCUUUUGGAGAAUUUCGUACUGGAAAAACCCAGCUGUCUCAUACCCUCUGUGUGACAGCUCAACUUCCAGGAGCAGGUGGCUAUUCAGGAGGAAAGAUUAUCUUCAUUGAUACAGAAAAUACUUUCCGUCCGGAUCGCCUUCGAGACAUUGCUGACCGCUUCAAUGUAGACCAUGAUGCAGUACUGGACAAUGUACUUUAUGCACGUGCUUAUACGAGUGAACAUCAGAUGGAGCUACUUGAUUAUGUAGCAGCAAAGUUCCAUGAAGAAGCUGGCAUCUUCAAGCUAUUGAUCAUUGAUUCAAUAAUGGCACUUUUUCGAGUGGAUUUCAGCGGUCGCGGGGAGUUGGCUGAACGGCAACAAAAAUUGGCCCAGAUGUUGUCACGACUCCAAAAAAUCUCAGAAGAAUAUAAUGUGGCUGUGUUUGUGACCAAUCAAAUGACUGCUGAUCCAGGAGCAACUAUGACUUUUCAGGCAGACCCCAAAAAACCCAUUGGGGGACACAUUCUGGCUCAUGCUUCAACAACAAGAGUAAGCUUGAGAAAAGGAAGAGGAGAACUGAGAAUUGCCAAGAUUUAUGACAGCCCUGAGAUGCCUGAAAAUGAAGCCACCUUCGCAAUAACUGCUGGAGGAAUUGGGGAUGCCAAGGAGUAGGUGGUGAAUUGAUGCAAAUUGCUUCUUAGUGCUUAUUAGGAGCUGAAGAAAUGGAAAAGCAGUCUCAAAUUUCAGGCCUUGAAGUAAGAGUUUGUUUUUUUCACAUAUUAUUAGAGGAAAGUCAGCAAAAGAAAUUUAAAUCUUAUGUUUAUCCUAAAACUCACUGAUGUACAAUAACUAUACAUUGUAUGUCAGCUCAGGAAUACAUAUAUAUGUAUGAAACCCAUUGUUUCAAUGGUAUGAAACCAUUGUAUGUCAGUUCAGGAAUACAUAUAUAUAUAUAAAACCUAUUGAAAACUAGUUGGGAAGGGGUACCUGUUCCUCUCAUUUUAGCUGUCCAAAGUGAGCCACUAAACAGAUGGAAAUAUCUAAGAGCUCAGAAAUGCUCCAUUCUCCUACCAUUUCCCCUUGAAUGCUUACAGAGGUGGACACAUAUCCAAAGGAGGGAGCUAUUUAAGGAAGGAAUGUUUACAGGACACACAAAAAAGCUUUUUUUAAAUUUGCAGCAUCAAACAAUACAUUCACUUCUAUAGCAACAGAAAAGAAAUAUUAAACUAAAUUUUAAACCAUUUGACUUUUUGACAAGUUGAAAUUACUUUUAAAAAAUUAUUUCUUUUUUUUUUUAGUUAUUUCUGAUACAAACAUUUUAUUGGGGUGAUCAAGAGAAAGGUAACUAGGAAUGUUACAGCUUGGGGUAAUCAAUGUAACAUGAGUUUUAUAUUUUAAACGGGGUACAGAAUUAAAAAUAUUUUAAAAAAUGUUUUAAAGUUAGUUAACAUGUAAAAUUUUUGAAUACUAAGUUUAGAGAUGUGCAAAAGAAUAUUGCUUUUCCUAACUGUUAAACAAAAAUAAAAGCUAGUUUUCAAAGUGAAUGUAUGAUGAAAUAUUUAAAAAUUAAAAUACUAAUAAUAUU